CAACACUGCACUUAUCAUGAUGUACAAAUGGUUGAUUGGUAAUCUAUAAAAGUGCAGUUAAUUUUUUUAUGUUUAAAAAAUGUCGAUUAUAUUCAGUGGACGAAAUUCGCGAUCAGCAGGUCUAAUAAGUGCAAUUGCAAAACAAUUAAAAGCUAUCAAUUUUCAACCAGCAAAAAAAGUUACAGUUCAAUUUGAUCCAUUUCAUGAGGGAUCCGACUCAGCGAGGAAGUUUUUGAAUUACAUAAGUGCGCCAAGAUACAAGAAAACAAAUCCAAAAUGUUUGUUUAAAACAACAAUAGUCUGCGAUCAAUCAGAACCGACAAUAACAAUAGACUUAGAAUCCGGAGAGAAGGUGGUGAUGAAAAGCAGCAAUUUGUCGGAAUUAGAAUUACUGACAUUGUACAAUAAGCAUGUAACAUCCCUUGUGCCACCACCACAAGAAGAGCAGCCAACCACAACAAAAGGCAAGAAACUAAAAAAGAGAUAAUCAAAUUCCAUUGCGAGAAAAAAAGACGCAAUUGUGCUCUGAUCAAAUUAGUAAGUUUACUGAUUAUACGAUAAAAUUUUUAAA